AUGGAUUUCGUAAGCCCAGCAAACGAAUUUUUUCAUCAAGAUCCAAGUGCUCCUGACAAUGCAAGAAUUGCAGUGAAAAAUAAUCAAAGCGACAUACAGCAAGUAGUAGGGAGAAUAAUGUACAUGUAUGACAACUCCAAUAACAUGAUAAAGACCUGUAAGAAUAAGUAUCAUAGAAUGAGAAAUCUUUACCAAUCAGUUUUUAUGGUAAAUGUUCUCAAAGAAGCCAACGCUACCGCUAUAGAUGCGAUUAGUGACAGAUUAAUCCAGGAAAUAGCUGAAAAGGCUUUAGUAAAAACUGACAUGAUAAUGGAUGCAAUGUACUCAUUGGGAAGCAGCAGCGAUUUUUAUACACUAGUAGACAACAACUAUCUUUCAGUGAUGCUAAUGAAUGAAAGCACAUUUAACUUUGCUAUGAAAGAUAUUCGUCUGGCGUUAGAAAUUUAUAAACAGAGGGUUGCUAACUUCUUCCCAGACAACCAAGACAUAGUGACGUAUUCCUAUGAAAAUGAUAAUGGAGCAUCGCUCGAAGAAAUCCAAUAUCUGCUAAAGAAAAACUCCAGUGGAAUUCCCCGAAUACUUCGGGUCAGAGAUAUACUAAAGACAAACUUAGGUAGAGUAUCACAGCACCUAGUAAAUGGCAAUCUAAAGAAGAGCGGCUAUUUCCCAGACCUAAAAUUGACAAAAGAGGACUUUGAAUUGCUAUUGCACUUUUACAAGGCCGGCGAGCAAGGCAGAAGAUGUCUAAGUCUGAUUUCUUCUACUGAUAUGAUUUUUAACCGUAGUCCCACAGAGCGUAUUUGUACAUUUUUCGAAAGGCUUUAUCCUUUCUUUAAAUCGAACUUUGACAUAGAAGACCUGGCAUGGCUGCAAGAUGUUAAGUAUAUUAUAGAAAAAAACUGGGACGUAGAAGAUGACUUCUACAGAGAUGAAGAAUAUUUUCAUACAUUUUUAAUAGGACAAUAUCAUAGGAUUCAAUCCAAAGACAUUCUACCUAUUAUAUCUGAAGAGAGAGAGAAAGUGAUGACUUCUAUAUAUAACUUGCAUGGUAAAAGGCUCAGCUAUAUUCAUAGGCUAAAGAAAGUAUUUACAACACAUUCAACAUUCAAUAUAAGAGAUCGCAUUUUGACAAAGUGGCAUAUUCUGCGAUUUAAAUUAUGGUUUUACCUUGUGAAUAAUAGAAUUCCUAUGUUAGCAAUUGCACUAUGUUCAUUUCUAUCGUUAGUUGCGAUUUUCGACUUGAUUAUCGUUGCUAAAGAUUUAAUUGGUUUUUUUGCCAACUAA